UUUAACAUAAUAAAAAAUAAAAAAACAGGCAUCCUUCUGUCAGGUCCAAUGGUCAGGUUAGGGCAACUUUUUUUGUUAAUGACAUUUCCAAUAGAUUUCUGUGUUUGUCUUAUUCACAUGGUCAGGGCAGGAUAACACCUGUGACAUUAAAAUGUGUGUUGAUUUACUGAUGCAUUUCUGUGGUCAAAGUCAGCACCAAGGGGCUUUAAAAGGAAGCCCCAGCCUCAGGCUCUUCACAUUCACCAGCCAUGAGGGUGUUUGUGCUCGCGCUCACUGUGGCCCUUGCAGUGGCUAACCAAGUCAAUUUGGUUCCUGAGUUUGAUGUAGGAAAGACCUCUGUGUACAAUUAUGAAGCAGAGAUUCUGGGAGGUCUUCCAGAGGAAGGUCUUGCAAGAGCAGGUCUGAAAAUCCAAAGCAAAGUUUUGAUCCAUGCACAAGCUCAGGAUAACUUCUUCUUGAAGCUCACAGACUCUAAGAUCUUUGAGUACAAUGGUGUCUGGCCAAAUGAUGCAUACACUGAGUCUGCUAAAUUAAACGAAGCCCUGGCUGCUCAGCUCCAGACCCCUGUCAGGUUUGAGUACGCUAACGGCAUCGUGGGAAAAGUGUAUGCACCAAAUGGCAUGUCCACCACCAUCCUGAACAUCUGUAAAGCCAUCAUCAACAUCCUCCAGCUGAACAUCAAGAAAACUCAGGACUACUACGACCUGCAGGAGGCUGGGCCACAUGGUGUAUGUCUUACCCACUAUGUCAUCACUGAGGACAAGAGUGCUGGUCGCUACUUCAUCACAAAAGAAAAGGAUCUGACCAAAUGCCAGGACAAAAUUGUAAAAGACAUUGGUUUGGCUUACAUGAAGAAAUACCAUGAAUGUCGUGCUAGAUCAAAGACCUUGAAUGGUGUAACAGUGACAAACUACAUCCUGAAGCCCACAGCUGCUGGUAGUACUCAGAUCGAGGAAGUGAAAACUAAAGAGAUCGUUGAGUACUCUCCAUUUGAUGUUCUCCAAGGCGCUGCCCACAUAGAAGCUAAACAAAAGCUGAGACUGAUGGAUAUCACAGCUGUACCAGUUGAACCCAUCACUGCUCAGUAUCUCCAGCGUGGGUCCCUGCAGUAUGAGUUUGGUACUGAACUCCUCCAGAAUCCAGUGCAGUUGCUGAGAAUCGAAAAUGUGGAUACUCAGAUUGUUGAGUUACUGGAGCACCUGAAGAGCUAUGAUGUUGAAAAGGUUCAUGAAGAUGCCCCACUAAAGUUUAUUGAACUCAUCCAACUCAUGCGCAUGCUUGACUACAGUGCAAUUGACACUUUGUGGACAAACAAUAAAGAAAAACCUAUUCACAGACUCUGGAUCCUGAGUGCUAUCCCUGUUCUGGGAAGUCAUGUUUCUCUGAAGUUCAUCAGGAAUCACUUACCAUGGACUGCACAGGAAUCAUUUACAGAAGCAACGAAUGCUUUAGUGUCCACCUUCCACAUGGUAACAGCUGACCAAGCUGCCAUAAAUGAAGCUAAGGAGUUUCUGAAUCCCAUUUUUGAGAAGGAGAAGAGUAUGGGAGUGAAAGAUUUCAAAUUCUUCAUUUACCGGGACAUAGUUAUGCUUGGCUAUGGUACCCUGGUUGCUAAACACUGCGUGGAAGAAAGGGAUUGCACUGUUGAUCUGGUCAAGCCACUCCAUAACUAUGCAGUUGAAAAUGCAGCUAACCCAGAGAGGCUUAUCAUUGCUCUUAAAGCUAUUGGUAACGCUGGACAUGUUGGAAGUUUGAAGACUAUUCAGAAGUUCAUCCCUGGGAUUGGUAUCGCUGCUGAACAUCUGCCUCUGCAUUUGAAGAUUCAGGCUGUCGCUGCACUGAAGAACAUGGCAAAGAAAGAACCUAGGAUGGUCCAACCAGUUGUCCUGAGUCUUUUCAGAAACACCAAGAUUGACUCUGAGCUGCGUAUGAUUUCUGCUGCUAUGCUGUUUGAGACAAAUCCCUCCAUGGCUCUGGUGAAUGUGAUCGCGGCCUCUGUGCUGAAUGAGCCCAAUAUGCAGGUCGCCAGCUUUGUGUACACCUACAUGAAGGCCCUGGCCAAAAGCACAGCCCCUGACCUGCUUUCUGUUGCUACUGCCUGUAAUGUGGCUGUGAGGAUUAUAACUCCGAAACUGGGCUCAUUGAAUAUGCGCUACAGCAGAGCCCUGUAUGUGAAUGCCUACCAAAACAAGUGGAUGAUGGGAGUGGCUGGAAGUGCGUUCAUUAUCAACAACGCAGCCAGCAUCUUUCCCAGAGCCAUGGUGGCCAAAGCGCGUGCCUAUGCUGCUGGGGCUUAUACUGAUGUUUUAGAGUUUGGGGUACGGGCUGAAGGACUCCAGGAGGUGCUUCUGAAGUUUAAUGAGUAUCCAGAUACUAAAGACAGAAUUGCUAAGAUGAAGAACAUUCUCAAGACGCUCAAUGACUGGAGGGCUGAAGCAACCCCCAAGCCUCUGGCCUCAGCUUACAUCAAAUUCUUUGACCAGGAAGUUGCCUUCACCAACAUUGACAAGGACCUUAUGGAUUACAUUGCUGAUGUCUUCAGAAGCUCAGAAAUUCUCAACACAGGAAAGGCCUUCUUGCGUCAACUGCUGUCUGGAGUUAAUAUGCGUCAUAUGCACCCCAUGCUUCUGUCUGAGGCCAGACGCGUCCUGCCCACUACUAUUGGUCUGCCCAUGGAGCUGAGUUUUUACACUGCAGCUGUGGCUGGGGCCUCUGUCAACAUUCAAGCUACUGUAACACCCCCUCUACCUGAGGACUUCCGUCCAAGGCAGCUUCUUGAGUCUGACAUCAACCUUAGGGCUUCGAUCAUUCCAAGUGUUGCCAUGCACACCUAUGCUGUGAUGGGAGUCAAUACACACCUUGUCCAGGCUGCUCUGAUGUCCAGGGCAAAGAUCCAUGCAGUUGUUCCUGCUAAAUUUGAGGCAAGACUUGACAUCAACAAAGGCAACUUCAAGCUGGAUCUGCUGCCAGCUGAGAGCAUUGACAAAGUCGGCUCUGUACGUGUUGAUACUGUGGCUGUUGUCAGAAACGUGGAAGAUCUCAGAGAUGCCAAAACCAUUCCUGUGAUCCCAGCUGACCAAGCAAACAAGGGCUCCUCAAAAAGCUCCUCAAAAGGCUCCUCAAAAAGCUCCUCCAAUAGCUCCUCAAAAGGCUUUGUCUCCGGGGGCUUGUCAUCAGAGCUGCUCUCCUCUGUCGUGUCACACAAAAUGACCAACAAAAUUAGGAUUUCAAAAGCCUAUGAGAAGAAGAUAUGUGGCUUAUUUGAGACCCUUGGAUUCAAAGCGUGCACCGUGAUUCAGUCUUAUAAUGCUCAGUCCAUCAAUGACUCUCCUUUGUACGCCACGAUUGGAAAACACCAAAUUUUUGUUGAAGUUGCCCGAGUUGGUGAAAGUCCAGUGGAGAAAAUUGAGGUUGAGAUUCAAUUUGGAGACAAAGCUGCAGACAUCAUCCAAAAGGUCACCAUCACACAGGCAGAGGAGAUCCUGGAGGACAAGAGCGUCCUGAUGAAGCUGAGAAAGAUCCUGGCUCCUGUACCAAAAAACACCACUAGCUCCUCCAGCUCCUCCAGUCGCUCACACUCAGGUCUAAGCUCCAGUGCCAGCUCCGUGUCCUCCUCCUCAAAGUCCAGCAGCAGUAGCAGCAGCAGCAGCAGCAGUCAGGCCAGCCGCAAGUCUAGACUCCGGGUGACGCUCGACCAGAAGAGCAGCAGCAGCAGCUCCAGCAGUAGAUCUUCAUCCAGCUUAAGCUCCUCCAGACAUUCUCCUGUGGAUCAAGAGAUGUACGAGGUCAAGUUUAACAGGGAUCACAAACACCAGCAUUCUCGCGCCAGUACUCAUCAGUCCCGCCAGAGCAAGAGUAGCGCACAGAGUUUUGAGGAUAUCUACAACAAGGCCAGAUUCCUGUCAAAUACAGUGGCACCUAGUCUGGCUAUUGUCAUCCGUGCUAAGAGAGCUGACCACAAGACUCAGGGAUACCAGGUUGCAGCUUACGUCGACAAAGACAACAGGAGAAUUCAGAUCAUCUUUGCCAAAUUGGCUGAUGCCGAGCACUCUGUAAUUUGUGCUGAUGGUGUCGCUCUGAGCAACCACAAACUGAUGGCCAGAGUUGCUUGGGGUCAGGACUGUAAGCAGUACUCCACCGACGUCGUUGCUGAGACCGGCCGAGUGAAUGAAAACAUGGCUCUUCGUCUGAAACUGAGUUGGGAAAAAUUUCCAAGAGCAUUUAAACACUACAUCUCCAAGAUGUCUCGUCUUGCAUACUCCCUUCAACAAUAUGGGGCCAGCAUUGCAAAGACCAGAGAGGUAGUUAAGCAGAUGAAACUCACAGUGGUGCUUGCUUCUGAGACAAAACUUGAUAUUCUGCUGAGGACCCCAAAGAAACUCAUCUACAGCCUGGGUAUACGUCUUCCCUUUUGCCUGCCUUUGAAAGAAACAGCUUCUCAACUGCAGUCCUACAACAACUGGGCUUCAAAGAUUGUCUACCUGAUUUCCAGUGGCAACAACAUGACCUGUACUAUGAAGCAAAAUGUCCUGACCAGUUUCAACAAGGCAAGGUGUGAAAGCUCCAUGCCUAAAUCCUGCUACCAGGUUCUGGCCCAGGACUGCACUGAGAAACUCCGUUUCAUUGUUCUAGUGAGGAGAGAAGGCCCACAGGCACAGCGCGAACUCCGUGUGCUCAUCUCACACUUGACUCUAGACAUUGCACAGAGGAACGGCCAUGUUGUGGUAACAGUGAAUGGAAAAGAGCAACAAGUCACAGAGGAGACUCAGUUGGCCCCUGACGUGAAAAUUAAACGCGAAGCCAAUGGUGUGGUUCUCUAUGCCCAUGAGCUUGGUCUUAAGGAACUCUACUUUGAUAGUCAAAUCCAAAAGGUUGUAGUUUCUGACCUCAUGAAGGGAAAGACCUGUGGCUUGUGCGGCCGCGCUGAUGGGGAGUAUAGACAGGAGUAUCGCACACCUAGUAACCGCGUUGUCUCUGAUGCUGUUAGCCACGCCCACAGUUGGACUCUGUCUGGUAAUACCUGCCGCAAUGAGGAAGGCUGCAAGCUUCAGCAUGUAUCCGUGAAGCUGGAGGGGAAGUUCAGUCACUAUGGCGUACCUUCAAAGUGCUACACAGUUGAGCCAGUUCUGCGUUGUAUUCCUGGCUGUAACCCUCUGAAGACCAAAACCAUCAGAGUUGGCUACCACUGCAUACCUUAUGAUUCAAACCUGUCCUCUGCAGACAAUAUCUUCAACAAGAGUAAGGAUCUGGAGCUGGACACAGUCGCCCACGAGGACUGCCAGUGCACGCCUCAGUGUGCCUGAUCUUACUAUCUUGUCUGUUAAGUAAUGUUUGAUCAAUCACUUUGUUGUAAAUUUAAAUAAUAAACU